AUGAAUCUCACACACCAUGAACUAUUCUACCUUUGUGGAUGAUUUUUCCGUUGAUUUGUUAUGUUGUGCGAAAUUGGUUUUUCGCGUCUAUUUUUGUUGCGACAUUUUGCACAUCAAGAGUGAAAUAGGUGAAAAAAGAGAAUAGUAUGAUUGAGCAGCACGAAGAUUCGGACGAGGAGGACGACUUUGAGGGAUACUUUCUUCAGCCUGUGAAUGGAUACAAUAUUGCUGAGAAGGUAAAGUCAGCUAAUCAGGAAUGGUUGUCUCUUCCACGUCCACCGUCUCCACUCAGUUCAUCUGUCCGGGUAACUUUUAGACCAGUCCUGGAGGACUACGAGCCCGAUUACUUCUCGCAGGAGGACGAAGAGGGGGACGAAGAAGUGGAGGUGGAGUGUGAAGAGGAGGAGAUUGAGAGUAUUGUCCCUGAGCAUGCGAGUUCUGAGGAGGAAGACAGGGAGUCACCAGUUGUGCCCGAAAUUGAGGAGAUCUGUGAUGAUUUGGGGGAGUUCGAAUUGGAGUCUAUUGAGGAGAUCCCUCUAGAAAUUCCACCCAAACCUGUCCAAGCCCCUGAACCUCCUCCAGUUGUCGAGGAAAAGCCCCCAACUCCUCAGGCAAAAGCCCAAAAGCUUCCACGACAGGUCAGUGAAGCUCCCAGUGAACCAUGUUCGGGGGUUGCUACAGUGAUUGUCAGGAAGAUAUCUGAUUCCCCGAAAAAGCGUCAAAAGGCUUCCCCGAGGCGAGUGUCUCCCACACGAAGGAAAUACCGCGAAUGCUGUGACCGUAGAGAUCGCUCAGAGGAACGCUUGCCGCGCUAUAAUGGUCUUCAUUCGGUUUACGGACUGAGCAGGGAGCAGCUCGAGAGGCGUCAGAUGCGCCUUGAGCAUCAGAAGAGGCGCCAGAUGGAUACAAUUAACACCCUUCUGGAAGCUCGUUUUAGACGCAAUGAAGCCAAUGAGGAGGCCUUCACGCAGUGGCUAAGGAAGAAGAUGCACCAGACACAUUCCAACACAAAGCACCGGAACAUGUUCGACUACAAACCUCCGACCAGGAGGAAGAAGAAACAGAGCUGAGAAGUUCUCUUUAUAAAUCCUUUUUUUAUAGUGUGCAAAAAGACAACUUGAAGAUCAUAUUCAUAAGAAUGAAGAAAUUGGAUCCUCGAGAUGGUAUCUUCAGUUUAAUUCCUUUGACCUCUACAGAACUGACCUUUUAUUAUGAUUUCAAGAUGGUGUAUUGACGGUUAUAAUCGUUGGGCAUUUUUGAAUUUUGAAAAUGACAUGUGAAAAUUUUGAAAAUGACAUGUGUUAAUGUCAAAGUGACAUUUAAACAAUAAUCAACGGAUUUUUAUGAACCUACACUAAAUUUUGAAGAGCACUAUUUGAGAAACGACUAGUAAUUAUAGUUUUCACUAGAUUUAAUAUCAAAACGGAUACACAGAAUUUGAAAAACAAAUCAAUUAUGGAGUUUUACACAAUUGUUACUAACGAAUUUCGUGGGCACAAAAAAAUUGGGGCACUUUUGUAUUAGUAUGAAUGAAUAAUUGAUAGCAUUCAAGGAAAUAAAGAACGCUUGAAAUAAAA